AUGCCAAGAUUGUUCCCGGAGAUACCAGCAGACUGGAUGUACCUGCUUGACAGCGUCAUACCCGGACGUACGAGUGCUCGCAAAACGGCCCUACAGCUCGCCGCUGCUUGCAUAGCUCUUCUGGAAGUCGAAAGGAGCUCUGUCGAGGGUUUCGCACGGGAUUACUGCAAAGGAUUGAAGCUUCCGGUGCAAGACGUUGACUUGUACAAAAGUGACAUUCUCAAGCUGCAGUACCAAGGUCUUAGGCCUAGUCAUUGGAGGUGGGAUUACCGGGUAAUGAUGGCCGUUGACGUCUUCAAUGUCCAGCAUUCAAAAGGGACUGCACUGAGAGUGCGCCUGGACCAGAUGGUGGCGAAGCUGAUUGGGAUUGCUAAAGCUGCUGACAAGGCCCAGGGCCACGAAGCCGAGAAGCUCCGAUUUGGCAUGGGGUUGGACAUUGGUGGUGGUUAG